AGGGAAAGCAGAGCAGGCCAGAGGUGCCACUGAUGCCCACAGUUUUGGGAUAGCCACCGUGAGGAACCACAGCCCUACCCAGCCAAUGUUUUCUUCAAAUGCAGCACUCCUAGUGUAGGACCACAGGACCAUAUCCUUGCUUUUGUGUGCCUGCCAGGGCUCUGGACUAAAAACCACAGUAAGAGUAAGAGUAGAGAGGGCAGUGCCAUGGCUGACAAUUCCCAGAGAUGACACCGGGUUCAGUAAAGAAGCUAUUUGGAUGCUGGAGGGAUAAAACCUCACCUCUGACUUGCAAAACACUCCAGAUUUAGCCUGAGUCACCAUGAAUAAGAAUACCUGUAGUCUACGUGGAAAGAGCAAGAGUGUUUCAGAAGAAGCUCUGCAUCACAGCACUGAGGAUGAAGAGCCUUCUCAGGGAAUGGAGCCCUAUCUUGUGCGGAGAUUAUCGUCCCGUAACAUUCAGCUACCCCCACUGGCUUUCAGGCAGUUAGAACAAGCAGACUGGGAUAAAAAGAAUGAUACCGAGACUAUCCCAAGGCCCACGACUCUUCCUCUGAGGAUACCUCCUCUGAUUGCCAUUACAGCUGCUGAGUCCAGCAGUUUCGAUGUAGACAAUGGUACAUCAUCAGGACGAAGUCCCUUGGACCCCAUGACAAGCCCUGGGUCAGGGCUAAUUCUUCAGGCAAAUUUUGUCCACAGCCAACGUAGGGAGUCUUUCCUUUACCGGUCAGACAGUGAUUAUGAUCUGUCUCCAAAGUCCAUGUCCAGGAAUUCCUCUAUUGCCAGUGAUAUACAUGGAGAUGACUUGAUUGUGACACCAUUUGCUCAGGUUCUGGCCAGCCUGCGUACUGUCCGGAAUAACUUUGCUGCAUUAACCAAUUUACAAGACCGGGCACCCAGCAAAAGAUCACCAAUGUGUAGCCAACCAUCUAUUAACAAAGCAACUAUAACAGAGGAGGCCUACCAAAAACUGGCUAGCGAGACCAUGGAGGAGCUGGACUGGUGCCUGGACCAGCUGGAGACCCUGCAGACCAGGCACUCCGUCAGCGAAAUGGCCUCGAACAAGUUUAAAAGAAUGCUGAACCGUGAGCUAACCCACCUCUCUGAAAUGAGCAGGUCAGGCAAUCAGGUCUCAGAAUAUAUAUCAAACACUUUCUUAGACAAGCAACAUGAAGUUGAAAUCCCUUCUCCAACACAGAAGGAGAAAGAGAAAAAGAAGAGGCCGAUGUCCCAGAUCAGUGGAGUCAAAAAACUCAUGCACAGCUCCAGCCUAACUAAUUCCAGUAUUCCCAGGUUUGGAGUUAAAACAGACCAAGAAGAUGUCCUUGCCAAGGAACUUGAAGAUUUGAACAAGUGGGGUCUUCAGGUUUUCAGAGUAGCAGAGUUAUCUGGAAACAGACCUCUGACUGUCAUCAUGCACACUAUUUUUCAGGAGCGGGACUUGUUAAAAACUUUUAAGAUUCCAGUAGAUACUUUAAUAACUUACUUGAUGACCCUGGAAGACCAUUACCAUGCAGAUGUGGCAUACCACAACAACAUACAUGCUGCAGAUGUUGUUCAGUCAACCCAUGUCCUACUGUCAACCCCAGCAUUAGAGGCAGUGUUCACUGAUCUGGAGAUUCUUGCAGCAAUUUUUGCCAGUGCAAUACAUGAUGUAGAUCAUCCUGGGGUUUCAAACCAAUUUCUUAUCAACACAAAUUCUGAACUCGCCUUGAUGUACAAUGACUCAUCAGUACUGGAGAAUCAUCACUUGGCUGUGGGUUUCAAGCUGCUACAGGAAGAAAAUUGUGACAUUUUCCAGAAUUUGACCAAAAAACAGAGACAAUCGUUGAGGAAAAUGGUCAUUGACAUUGUACUUGCAACAGAUAUGUCUAAGCAUAUGAAUCUAUUGGCUGAUUUAAAAACUAUGGUUGAAACUAAAAAAGUGACCAGUUCUGGUGUCCUGCUUCUUGAUAACUAUUCAGACAGGAUUCAGGUUCUUCAGAAUAUGGUGCACUGUGCAGAUCUGAGCAACCCUACCAAGCCACUCCAUCUCUACCGCCAAUGGACAGAUAGAAUAAUGGAGGAAUUUUUCCGUCAGGGAGACCGAGAACGAGAGAGGGGAAUGGAGAUAAGUCCCAUGUGUGAUAAGCACAAUGCAUCUGUAGAGAAAUCACAGGUGGGUUUUAUAGACUACAUUGUUCAUCCUUUGUGGGAGACAUGGGCAGAUCUCGUUCACCCAGAUGCCCAGGAUAUCUUAGAUACACUGGAGGACAAUCGAGAAUGGUACCAGAGCACAAUCCCUAGAAGUCCCUCUCCUGCUCCUGAAGAAAAGGAAGAGGGAAAGCAGGGUCAAACUGAAAAAUUCCAGUUUGAAUUAACGCUGGAGGAAGAUGGUGAAUCAGACACUGAAAAGGACAGUGGAAGUCAAGUAGAAGAAGACACCAGCUUCAGUGACUCCAAGACUCUUUGCACCCAGGAUUCAGAAUCCACUGAAAUUCCUCUUGAUGAGCAAGUAGGGGAAGAAGUGGAAGAGGAGGAGAACCAAACAACAGAGCCUUGUAUGGUAGAAGAACAUUCUCCUGACACAUAACAAUGAAAACGGCAGUCUCUUUCUCUCUUGCUCACUCCCUUUCUUUUCCUCUCUCUAAUUUUUUUUCUCUUUUUUUU